AUGACGAAGUACCAUGCUCAAAAGUUUUACGGUAUUCCACGAGGAACGCUGCAGUAUCGACUUAGCGAACACUUUAAAAAUAAAGGGCGCACAGGACCUGACAGCUUAUUAUCCACAAGCGAGGAAACGAUCAUUGUUUCGUGGCUCCAGGUCAUGGAGAAGAGAGGAUUUCCAAUAACGCGCAAGGGAUUGGCUUCGAAAGUCGCCGCGUACCUGCGCAAGCACCCGAGAGAUAACCUUUCUCGUAACUACGUCCCAGGCCGGAAAUGGCUUGAAGGUUUUAUGCGUCGUCAUCCUCAACUUACUCUCAGGACUCCAGAAGGAAUCACAUCAGCCAGCGCAAAAGUUUCAGAGCAGGAUAUUCGGAAAUGGUUCAAAACUGUCGAAGACUAUUUGGUUGAAAAUAAUAUUGCCGAUAUUUUGAACGAUCCUUCGCGAAUUCUCAAUGGAGAUGAAACUGGCUUCUGCAUGAACGUUCCUCCAAAAAAGGUGCUGGCAACAAAAGGUGUAAAAAAUGUUCCGUUUGUUGAAAAUCAAAAUGGAAAACAGAACGUUACUGUUUUAUUCACAUUUUCGGCCGAUGGUACCAUCAUUCCACCGGAUGUAAUACUGCCAUAUAAGCGUUUAAGUAGAGACAUCGUUCAGUCAUUCCGUCGGAGUGGGGGCUCGGUACCUCCGACUCAGGUUGGAUGA